AUGGGUAACGGUCAGAGUUGUAAUCGAGUACAUCUCAUCGAUUUCGGCUUAGCAAAGAGAUAUCGCAAAAAUCCGUUCACCGGUCACAUCAAUUAUCAUGAAUACAAACGUUUUAUCGGAACUACGCGCUACGUCUCUUUAAACACGCAUCUAGGUGUCGAACAAGCUAGAAGAGACGAUCUAGAAGCUCUCGGCUAUAUCCUCGUCCAAUUUAGCACCGGUUCUCUACCGUGGAUGGGAGUCGUUACACGAUCCAAGAAACGCCGAAAUAAGAGGAUUGGUGCAGUGAAAAUAUCGAUUUCACUUGAGAAGCUAUGCGUCGGUCUUCCACCAUGUUAUCAAGAGUACCUCGCUUAUGUUCGCGGCCUUGGUUAUCAUCAAAAUCCGGAUUACGGGCAUUGUCGACAAAUUUUCAGAAACUACUUUCUCAGUCAGAACAUGAAGGAGGAUUUUGAUUAUGACUGGUAUCAAGUGAACAGACGACGAAAGACAAACUCCUCCCUCUCUCCAUCUCAAUCAACACUUGCGGUUCAAUCAUCCAAAGAGUUUCAAAUGAUAACGCCUAGACCCAACAUU